CCGCUAGCCUUGCGCAAGCUCACAUCGUCGUAGAAUGCGGAUUUCGAAGCUAAAAACAAGCUUCUCGUUGUUUGGCUCCAAACGGGUAAAAUGUCUAAAACGCACUCGCAGCCGCCGUCAGCCUCGGCAGUGACGAGCACCGGGGGCCCCUCCUCGUCCUCCUCCUCGUCGCCCGCGGGAGGCUCGACGUCUCCCGCGACCGUGUUGAACGUCCAGCCCGAGAAACCUCAACAUUACACAUAUCUGAAGGAGUUCAGGACCGAGCAGUGUCCCCUGUUCGUGCAGCAUAAAUGUACCCAGCACCGGCCUUUCUCCUGUUUCCACUGGCACUUCCUCAACCAAAGGCGCCGGAGACCCAUCCGCAGGCGGGACGGUACCUUCAACUACAGCCCGGAUGUCUACUGCACUAAAUAUGAUGAGGGGACAGGCACCUGCCCCGAUGGAGACGAAUGUCCGUUUCUCCAUCGAACAGCAGGCGACACGGAACGGCGCUACCACCUCCGCUACUACAAGACCGGGUCGUGCAUCCACGAAACGGACGCAAAGGGCCACUGCAGCAAGAACGGCUCCCACUGUGCCUUCGCUCACGGAUCCCACGACCUGCGGAGCCCCGUUUACGACAUCAGGGAGGUGCAGGUGAUGGAGUCGCAGUGCGGCUCGGGCGGCACGGACGGCGGCGGGGGAGACGGGCAGUCGGGACAGGCGGCGAGCACGGCGCUCAUCGAGAAGAUCCUGAGCGAGGAGCCGCGCUGGCAAGAUAACAACUACGUGCUGUCCCACUACAAGACGGAGCUCUGCAAGAAGCCCCCCCGCCUCUGUCGUCAAGGUUACGCCUGUCCGUACUACCACAACAGCAAAGACAGAAGGCGCAGCCCGCACAAACACAAAUACAGAGCGUUGCCGUGUCCGGCAGUGAAGCAGAGCGAGGAAUGGGGCGAUCCCAGUAAAUGCGAGGGAGCGGAGGGGUGUCAGUACUGCCACACGAGAACGGAGCAGCAGUUCCACCCCGAGAUUUAUAAAUCCACCAAGUGUAACGACAUGCAGCAGUGUGGCAGCUGCCCCAGAGGGCCCUUCUGUGCCUUUGCCCAUGUAGAAAAGCCGUUUGCCCUGGAGGAUCCCUCCUUCCCCAGCCCCGGCUCCCCGCCUCCCUCCCGACCCCCGGACCCCCUCCCGGUCCAGGAGGCGUCCUCCAGUCCCGGCAGCCACGGCAUGGGGCCCGGGCUCGGCUGCUCCGCCUCCGACCCCUUCUCCCCCCUGGCGGCGUCCUGCAUGGCGGAGCAGGGGCUGCUGGGUAGCGUCCUGUCCCUGUGCGAGGAUGUGGGCGGGGGCCCGGAGCCGCUGUCACCGUGGGCGGGGGAGGGCGGGUACGGCAGGGCGCCGGGAUUCGAGCGGGAAGACCAGGCAAAGCAGAGAAGUUUCGCCGUCGAGCAGCGCAACAGAGAACUGGCAUCAACACAGAGCAAACAGGACCUGCUGGUGUUCCUGCCGGUCGGCAGUCCUCUGAGCCUCUCCUCCAGCAUCCCCUCCAGCCUGGCCGCCACCCCGCCCAGCCCCGCCCCCCUUGGACCGCCCGGGUCCGGCGUCUCCUCGGGCAUGAACGCCAACGCGCUGCCCUUCUACCCCACCAGUGAGACCGUGGAGUCUGUCGUCGAAUCGGCCUUGGAUGAUCUGGAUCUGAAUGAUUUCGGUGUUUCUGCCUUGGAGAGAAGCUUAGAGAGCAGCUCUGCUCUUCCCAGCGUUGGCGUCAUGCUGGGAGGCAGCCAGCUUCAGAGCUCCGCUCCGGUCAACAUCCCCGGAUCCUUCAGCGGCUCGGCUCCGUUCAGCUCGCCCUCGCCGUCCCCUCCGGUCAGGCCGCACGCUUCGCCGUUCUUCUCCACCCAUCUGUCGCAGCCGGGCCAAUCAGAAAGCUCCUUCCUGGGACCGUCUCACAGCUCUCUAGGUCUGAAUGGAAUGAGCUCAAAUAUCUGGGAGCACUUCCCGUCAGGCCAGGGCUCCCCCGGCACCCCCCCCACCCUGCUGCCCUCCGGCCCCUGUGCGGAGAGCGUGCGGCUCAAGCAGGAGCUGGAGGAGGCUCACAGGGCCCUGAAGCAGUGGGGUCACAGCUGGAGGCACACGGCUCAGUCGUGGGCCACGCUCAAAGCCGACGCCGAGGAGUCGCGCGCCCACGCGGCACGGUUGGCCGUGGAGGCGGAGAGAGCCAGGCACGCCGAGGAGGAGGCGCAGAGGCAGGCCUCCCUCCUGCAGGAGGCGCUGGAGAGCUUCAGGAGCGGAGACAAUCCCCAUCUAGCGUUGCACCAACUGCAGCUUCUGCACCGGCUGCCGCUGGAGUCGGUGCUCAGUUUACAGGCGCAGCUCUGUAACUGUCUGCACGCUGUGGAACAGGUGGUUUACAGGAAACAGAGACAGUGCUGUGUGACGUGUGGCGAGCAGGGAUCGGUGUCGCUCCCCUGUGGCCACGGACUUCAGUGCGAGAGUUGCUCCGCCUCCACAGAGUGCCCGCUCUGCCCCGAACAGACGCUGGAGCCGCAGCUUUCCUGACCUCACGGCUCAGUCGGACCAACUCGAUCCUGAUUCCACAGAUACCAGCCUUUGGAUCCCGACCAUCACUUUUGAAACAAUUAGGUCAUUUUUUUUAAUCUGCUAACAAGCCAAUCGCUCAUCUGGUUAUGUACUCUUAAGAUGACAAGCAUUGCAAAAUGACCAGCUUAGUGAGUCCUAGUCACCAGGUAAAAGCUCUUAAUGUGGGAUAUAAGGAUUAAUACUGUUUCCAGUGUUAUUAAUGGAACACCAAUACGUUUUAAUAGUUAUUACUUUUGACCAGCAACACUGUUCUUAAUAUCUUCAGUAACUCGCAGACCUACUGUUAUUUCUUCUUCAACCCUGACUAUGAAAUAUUUACGGGGGUAUUUCUGAAUCAUAUUUUUCUUCACUCUAAAGACAGCAUAUUUCUGGCAGUGUUAUUCAUCCAUCUAGAUUGUUUGGAGGUGGGUUUGCAGAGGAAAAUGGUCAAACUGUCACAAAACGUUUGGAGCAUUUCACAUCGAGUCAAUCCUCAAGAACAAUUCCCCGGUUGAUGAAGUUGUUUCAUUGGUCAGCCAAAUACUGUACGUGCAAUUGAAGGAGUUGUACCGUUGGUGGGCUCUGUAGCGAGAAAUCCUGAUAUUUCACCAUAGGUCAACCGAAUGCCAUGUGAGGAGCUGAUGAAACUAUUUUGUCGGUCAGCGUAGUGCUGUGUGACAAAUGAAUUUGCGCCAUUGGUCAGUCAAAUGCAAAAUGACUGAAGUGACACUAUGGAUCACCCGAAUCUUUGAUGAAGUUGCACCAUUGGUCAGCCGAGUGUUGCGCGAGUAUCCUAAUUAAAGCUACGUUGUUUGAUCACGGUCUUGCCAGCUGAGAAUCUGAAGUGUUUUGCAAGUGAUUGAUGACAUUGCGAUUUAAGUUAUGUUUGAUUGUUGAUGUGACGCCAUUGGUCAGCCAAAUGUUAAGUGAGUGAUUGUUGAGGUUACAGCACUGCUCAGCCAAACGCAGCAUAAAGUGAUUAAUGAAGUUGCACCAUUUGUCACCAGAAUGCUGCUUGACCAAAGUGACACUAUUAUUAAACCGCAUGAUGUGUUAAUGAAUUAUGAAGUUGCACCAUUGGUCAGCUGAUCGCUCUGUGAGUGAUGAAUCAUUGGUCAUUCAAGUGUGACAAAAAAACUGUUGGAGAGUCCUUUGUGCCAUUGGUUGGCCGAGUGUCCUGUUGGUGUUUUAGUUAUCCCACUGGUAAGCCUCAUGCCGUGUGGGCACUAAUCAAGUGUUUCCAUUGGUCAGAUAAAUUUGCAAGCGAUUUAUGAGGUUGAAAAGAAUGUCUGUGAUUGACCCAGUUGCACCAUUGGUCAGCUAAAUGUUGCAUUGUUGCUUAGGUUGCGUGAACAAUAUGAAUCACUGUUGAGGUGACCUUAAUGGAAUGAUUUUGCACCUGAGUGAGAGAUUGAUGGUUUUGCACCAUUGGGUGGCGGAACGCUGCUUGACCAGAGUUACACUAUUAAUGAACGCGUGAAUGACUGAAGGAUUUCAAGCAGUGGUCGGCCAAGUGUUAUAUAUAAAAAAAAAAACGGAUAAUUUUGCACCAUCGAUUCGUUGAAACGCUCCAACUUGUUUCGUCAUGUGAAACCUUCAUCUGCAAGGCCCUGAGCUGUGUGUGCGCUGACCUCUGAACAGGCUGGAUGAAUGGAUAACUCUGUGGGUUUAGCAUUUCUAUUAAAUUCACCUGCGUUUGAAGGUGCUGAACCGUCUUAACUGAAUCGACAGGUUUGACUGAAAACACUCAGAGGCACAUUGUAGCCGGAUCCAGGCGACGGUUCUGUACUGCUACAGCCCAACGGGACGCUGUCUCACCAGUCUGCUGGUAGCAUUUGUUUAGACUAUAAUGAAUUAGCUUUUCUCUCCUUUUUUUUUUUAUUUUAUUUUUAAUAUCGUCAUAGGUUAUUUUUUAGCUAAUGGAAAUGUUGAAAUUGUGGAUGGCUGUUCGGUUGUAACAGAAGUAUUUAAAGAGAACUAGCGAUGUUUGAAUUUACAACAGACGGCCUCUGUUUAAAGCACUCAGGUUUUCUCAGAUGUUCUUCUAAGUUAACUGGAAGAGAGAAGCAUGUCGACACAAUCGAGGCAAACUCAAAGCGUAUUU